AUGAACCUUUCAAAAGUUGGUCUCAUUGUCAGUAUAAAAGCGCGUCAGAAACGACAAAUGAAUCAGUCAGUAUGUUUCGCCUGUAUAUCUUCGUCGCGGCGUUGGUUGCUUCAACAACUUCCGCGUCAGUCGAAAGAACGGGUAAGCAUUGGUACAAGAACAGUUUGAUAUACCAAGUCUAUCUGAGAAGUUUCAAGGACAGUGAUGGAGACGGUAUAGGAGAUUUGAACGGUGUCACGAGCAAAUUGGAACACAUCGCGGACAUCGGCGCCGAUGCGCUAUGGCUGUCACCAAUCUACACUAGCCCGCAAAGCGACUUCGGCUACGACAUUGCUAAUUAUAUCGACGUCGACAAGGAUUACGGUACUUUAGCUGACUUUGACAAACUUGUGGCGAAGGCGAAGUCCCUCGGGCUGAAAGUAAUCCUCGAUUUCGUGCCGAACCACAGCUCUCACGAGCACGAAUGGUUCGUAAAAAGCGCCCAACGGAUCAAGCCCUACGACGAGUACUAUAUCUGGCGUGACGCGCUGGUAGCGAACGGUACUAGGAAACCGCCAAACAACUGGUUGAGUGCCAUCGGAGGCUCCGCAUGGGAAUGGAGCGCGACACGGAAACAAUACUAUCUGCAUCAGUUCAGCUGUGCUCAGGCGGAUCUCAACUACAGUAGCGUUACAUUGCAACGUGAAAUGAAGAACGUACUGAAUUUCUGGCUGGACCGAGGCGUGGAUGGUUUUCGCAUCGAUGCCAUUAGUCAUUUGUUUGAGGACGCACGUUAUCUGGACGAGCCUCGAAACGACGCGCCAGGGAUACCGGAUGAUGAUUAUGAAACCUUGGAUCACAUUUACACGCGAAAUCUUCCCGGGGUUUACGAAAUUCUCAAGUCUUGGAGAGAACUAGUGGAUAAACACUCAAAAACGACUGGUAGAAAAAUUAUUCUAACCGAGGCCGACACGGAUUUCCCCUUGUACUACAAGUCGGGCUCGAACGUGCCGUUCAAUUUUAUGUUCAUCCUUGACUUGAACGACAUGUCCAGCGCAGCUGACUUCAAACGUCUCGUCGAUCGCUGGAUGAACAAUAUGCCUAACGAUCCCGCGUACGUGGCGAAUUGGGUGGUGGGCAAUCAUAACAAUCAUCGCGCGGCUACGAGAUUCGGCGAAAAACGGGCCGAUCAACUUAACAUGCUGGCGACCGUUUUACCCGGCGUGAGCGUAAUUUACAAUGGCGAUGAGAUCGGUAUGCUCGAUAGAAAUUUUACGUACGACGAAACCAAGGAUCCUGCCGGACGUAAUGCUGGACCAGACAGAUAUCGUUUAAAAUCGAGGGACCCGGAAAGAACGCCUUUUCAAUGGAAAAACAGAACGAGCGCCGGCUUUUCUACCACCGAUACGACGUGGCUUCCGGUGAACAGCAAUUAUGAAACUCUGAAUUUGGCGGCGCAAAAGGCCGCGACCGUGUCGCACUACAAUGUAUUCAAAUCUUUGUCGCGUUUGAAAAGGAAGCCCGUUGUCGAACGGGGUUCCCUGCAGACCGUGUUGGUCACCGAGGAAAUCCUAGGUGUAGUACGACGACACGGUGCAUCCGUCGUGGCGCUUAUGGUUAACUUCGCCAACACGCCGGUCACCGUAGACGCCAGGACCUGGAUGAAUAUUCCAGAGCAGCUGAUAGUCUAUGCGCCCAGUGUGCAUUCCGAGAUGCUGGCAGGAUCGCGCGUCGAUACGACUUGCAUCGCUAUGCCCGGUUCGGCCUCCGUUGUGCUCACCACAGCAGAUUUGGUUUAAACUCCUGCCUACGUUAUGUUCACAGAUAACCGUCCGGUAACACGAAGUUUCGGACUUGCGUAUGCAACAUACAUAAGUCACUUAUAGAGUUCAUUUUAGUAGUUUGUUUUACGUUAAGCUGUCGAAUGCAGAUAUUCUAGAGGAAUAAAUAUUAUAUACGUUUUAUAAGAGCUUGAUAUUAUCACAUUCAUAAUCAUACAUCGGUUGAUCGUUAACAAUGCGUUAUUAAUAAUGAAUGUGCUCAAUUCUGUAAAAUAAUUUUUCAAGGGAAAUUUUCGACUUCUUAAAAGAAUCUUUUCCUGUAUAAAUUCAUUAAAACGAUAGAAAUUGAAUUACCAUUUCAGUUCUCUUUCAUACCAUAAUGUUAACACCAGUUUUAGGUUUUCAUUAAUUUUUAGUAAAGUACAUUAAUUUUUAUUAAGACAUUGGUGGGAAAGUGCGACUUUCUUGGUCUUUUAAUUAAUGAAGACUGUAUCACUUAAUUUUUAAUAUGCGGCAAAAUGUUUUACGUAAUAAAAACAAAAAUUACUCAAUUUUAAGACUUUUAUGUGCAAAAGUAAUACAAGUUGCAUUUAUUAUUUAUUGCAUUUAUGGAAGAAGCAAGGAAUAACUUUCGUGAAAUAGAUGUUAGAUAUCAAACGCGCGUGUUUAAAAGAGUGAAAAAUCCUGAUUACCUAUAUUUGCAUGUUCAUGUUAAAAUUCAGUUGACCAAAUGUAACAGUAGUUAAUUAUAUUGUAUUUUCUUGUUCGUCGCUUAUAAAAUACAAAAUGGCAGCAUAUACGUUGGUACGUACGUGUCGUACAGCACGCUUCGCGAUAACAUUUGAUUUUGUGGUAGCUGCAAUAGCAACGUGAGAAUGAUCUUUCGAUAAAUAUUAGCCUUUGAUAAACGGUGCUUUAUUCGGCCCGAUUUACAUAACAACUUGCGAGCGUUGUUUGUUGUUUAUAUCUACGCGAAUAAACCAAUAGCAGGAUGCCGAA